AUGGGCAGGCUCGUCCGGACUAUAGCGAAGGAGGCAGUCAUGUCCCCGGGCGCCCCGGCUGCACCACCAGCUAACCCAUCAUUAGAGGACGAGCGCACGGAACUGCUCGGCUCCUUGACCACACAGCAGCAGCAGAGAACCAGCGCCAGGGUCAUAAAGAAGCUCAGACUUGAGCCGCCGGUCGACAAGAGAGAGACACCGGAAUGCGAAACGCCAAGCAAAGACCUCGACAAGGAGGCGCCGGCGUUCCCCACGGUUAAGCAGCGAAUGCCCAAAGCGCUCUGGUCUGCCGACGAGAAGAGUCUCUUCUUCGAGGCCCUGAACGAUUACGGGAAGGAUUUCGACGCCAUCACGGCCUAUAUACGCGCCAAAAUGAAGAAGAAGGGGAUGCCGGACGCCAACUUGAAGACGAAGACGCAAGUCAGCCACUUUUACUACAGGACAUGGCACAAGCUGUCGAAGCACGUGCACUUCGACGAGAACGUGAAGAAAGUCGCCCAGGAGCUGUACGCCCUGAUCAACUACGGCGAGCUCAGGCGGAAGCUGACCUCCGUAAACGAGAAGACCUGCGCCCGCCUCGGGGAGAUGGUGCGCGGCGGCAGCAUGGCGGUGCGCGCGCGGGGGCGCACCCUGCGAGUGCGCACGCCCAUGUGCCGCGCGCUGCGACGUCUCAACCACAUAGCCGAACAACAACGCGAGAAGAAGUUCGCCCUCCACGUUGGACCGAGGCCAGGUGCUGAGAUCCACCUGCCCGUAGUGAGCCCCAGCGAGCCCUUGUCCAGCCAUAAAAUCUGCUUCUCUUCUUACCUGGAGCGCAUGGGUUCGCUGAGGGACAAAGAUGGUGGUGCUAAAAUGAGAACACCUAAACGUCAGAGGAAGGACAGCGUCUCGGAGAAGGAAGUGGAAAGUAAGAAGAUCAAGAUGGAAGAUUCCGAGCCAAGUAGAGUGGUGCAUAUAGACGAGACCGCAAUAGACGGUAUCGAGCUGAUGGCGAAUUACAAGAACCAACAAGAGGACGAAGAGAAACCGAGCACGGAAGACGAGAAAGAGCUCAAAUCCGAAGAGACCGCCGAGGAAGACUUGGAAAGGGACAAAGAUAUUAUGUCCGAAAGAGAGAAGGACAGUUUCUCAGAAAUGGAGGACGACGAUAAGUUCAAUAAAAGUGACACGGACAAUGAAAGCGACGGGAAAGUCGAUAAAACUGGAAAAGGAAGGAAGUUCAAAAACUUGAAGGUGAAAUUUCGCAUACGGCCCAAGAAGCGGGGCGGUAGCAUAUUCACCCUGGUGAUGGGGAACGGCGAAGAGAACAAAACGGAGCGGGAGCCGCAGAAGGCUGAGGAAGAACAGAAGUCGGACGUGGACGUGGAGACUGCGAUGAAGCAAAUCAGGAAGGGCUGGAGCGUCCACGACGCUGGAGACCUCACGAUCGGUGACCUGUACCUCAUGUUCGGCUCCCGUUCGAAGCUCGAAUUGGACUACUGGUGGGCGGAGCCGACCCCUCCACUGCCACAGAUCCAAAAGCCGCGGCGGCACGUCGAAGCAGAGAGGCCGACGGCAGAUAAGGAAAGAGAGAGGAAAGAGAGACAGGAGAAGUUGGACAAGGUCGAGAACGGAAUAGAAGAGGAGCGGGAGAAGGCCAGAGAGAGCGACACGGAUAUCUUCUCGCCGAAGAACACCUUCAGUCAGGACAGCAACGACGGUUUGUCCGGCGACGAGAGAAAGAUGGAUCAGCUCGCCUCGGCCGAGCACAAGCCCACCGGUUCCGUGGCCGGUGGUGGUGGUGGUGGCGCUCUGAGCCUGGCCGCCAAGCUCAUCAACCGGCCGGUGGCACCGCCCCAGGACAGCGGCUUCAGCCGGCUCAGUGACCGGAUGAAGCGUCUGAUGACACUGGCCGGGAACCCGCUGGCGAGCGCGGCCGGGGCUGCCCCGCGCUGCGCAUGCGGCCACGUGUGCGCCCACCAGCGGAAACAGAAGGCGCCCCCGUGCAGCGCCAGCCGGCCGACGGCUGCGACAGAAGAGCCAAUCUUUCGCCACCCCACGCCCAUCGCCCCGCGCCCCAACACCGAGCCGGACGGUGCCCGAGCACUGAGCCUAGAAGGUCUGCCGAGGCGGCGUCGUGGCAGGCCCCGCCUGGGCACGCGCCGGGUCGUGGUGCAACGUCUGCUGCCACUGCUGCCAAAACUGCCACCGCCUAGCGAUCUCAUACCGGUAAAAGUAAUGCCGAACUCGCAACCGGCGCUGCCCAAAAUCCUACCAAAGCCGCCUCCGACCUCUACAUCUGAUCUCUCCUUCUUCUACGUUCUGAGCGAGUCCAACGGCCAGUUCUUCUUCCACGACGGGGACAGGCGCAUUCCCAUCACUCCACUGCCCGGGAAUGGGGCGGACGACACGGAGCAGGACGACGAGGAACUUACUGAGGACGAGGAUGUUAAGGAGUUCAAGAUCGACAUCUCUCCGACCGAGAUCAGCAAGCCGGCCACCACCUCCCAAUGCCCCGAGGCCACGACCUUCAAGUCCAGCGCCAUGAAAUCGGAGAACACCGAUAUCGCCAGCUUCCUGCCGGCGGAGUCGCUGUCGCUGUCGCCGUCGCGGCUGCUGCGCGAGGCGGACGGCUGGCUGGACGGCGCCGUGCACGACUUCUCGCUGAGCAGCUUCCUCGGCCACCUGGACGCCGAGGAGCGGCCGCCCGCCCACCACCAGCCCGCCCCCGCGCCCGCCCCCGGACGGCCCGCGCCCCGACCGGCGCAGGUGGAGUCGCAGAUCCAGUCGCUGAUGACGGAGACGAGCAUGGACUACGUGGCCAAGUUCGCGGACCUGGCGGCCGAGGUGGGCGGCGAGGCGGACCUCGCCGGGGACCUCGGCGCGGACCUCGCCGCGGACCUCGCC